AAACAAUGCUUUACAUGGGUCAUUCGUUUUCCCCUUUAAAAACUGUUCUGCAAACCAUUUGUUAAAACAAUUGUCAUAAGCAACUUUUAGUUCUUGGCAUUCUUCGCCAAUGCUGUUCAUUUUAACAGGAAGUGUAAAUACGCCGCUGUAGGGGAGAUAAUCCAAAACAAACAUGUUGUUUACAAAACUCACUUGCAGACUGUGGUUUCAAAGAGUUUCAAGAAACAGCAAGGGCUUUUGUAGCAAGGUGUGGGUUGUUAUGGUCCCGAAGACACCAAUAUGGGAAGAAGUGGACCACACAAGAAUUCCCAAUGUUCCACAUAUAGAUCAAGAGAUGAUAAACCAUUUAGAGAGGGUUUCCUUGGUUGAGUUUAACAAUCAGGCAGGGAUUGAGAGACUAUCAAAGGCUAUAGAAUCUGCUAAUAAAUUACACAUGGUCAACACAGAUGGAAUUGAACCCAUGGAAUCUGUAUUAGAAGACAGGAUGUUAUAUUUGAGAGAAGAUAAAGUUACAGAUGGGAAGUGUAAACAAGAGGUCCUUAGUAAUGCUGUUAAAACAAUAGAGGAUUACUUUGUUGCUCCACCAGGAAAUAUUCCACUGAAGACAAAAGAGAGAGACUAUGGCAACAAUUCAAAGGGAAGCUGAUAAAACCUGACGGAAAGUCUACAGUAACUAGGGUCCUCAUAAUAUCUAGAUAUGACAUACUGGGUUGCAAUUGAUGUUGUCCAGCUUCCUGUGUCAUCUUUUAUGCAUUGACAUCAUAUUUGCAUUAAAACAUAAUUGAUAAUUAAAUAUGACAUUAUUUUAAGGAAUUUGUGUUUUGAUUCUUUAUCAUUCAAAUAAAGUAAAUUCAUUUUUUUGUUA